AUGUUUUCACUUCGACCGCUGCAGCGUGCAGCGCCCUCGCCUUUCCGUAUAUGCUCGACUUGUCUGCGCACGUACUCGGUCACUUCACCACGGCGACAUGAUGCUAGUGACAGACAGAACAAGGUGAUAUUCUCCGGAAUCCAGCCCACGGGAGUACCACAUCUAGGAAACUAUCUCGGCGCACUGCGACAGUGGGUGAGGCUUCAAGAUGAAGCAUCUCCGGACACCACACUUCUGUUCUCCAUAGUCGAUCUGCACGCCGUCACGAUAAAACAGGACCCCAGUAAAUUGGCAACAUGGCGAAAAGAGAUGCUGGCUAGCCUGCUAGCAGUGGGACUCGAUCCUAAGAGAUGCAUCAUAUUUGCGCAAAGCAGCGUGAAGCAGCAUGCCGAACUCAUGUGGAUUCUGAGCUGUGGUGCAAGCAUGGGCUACCUGGGACGCAUGACCCAGUGGAAGAGCAAACUCUCUCUCCCAGCUAGUGCCUCCCCACUCGACCCCUCAAACAACAAAGACGCCCUGAAACUUGGUCUUUUCUCUUAUCCCGUCCUCCAAGCCGCUGACAUCCUCCUCUACAACACCACCCAUGUCCCAGUCGGCGAAGACCAAGCCCAGCACCUAGAGUUCACGCGGGAGCUAGCUAUCGGAUUCAAUCACGUUUACUCAGAGUCACAACCUCUGUUGACCGUUCCACAAACACUUCUCAGUCCUGCCAGACGAGUCAUGAGCUUGACUGAACCAACAAAAAAGAUGAGCAAGAGCGAUCCGAAGCCAAAGAGUCGCAUCAUGAUAACAGACUCAAAAGAGCAAAUACACGCAGUGCUGAAGACAGCAUUGACAGACUCAAUUGAAGGAGUCAGCUAUGAUCGUGAAAGCAGACCUGGUGUGUCAAAUCUCGUAGAUCUUAUGUAUCAUCUUGAUGACUCUGUUGCUGCAUCACCCGAAGACCUGGCAAAUGACUUGAAGGAUCUGAGUAUGCGGGCGCUGAAAGAAAAGGUCGCUGAUACCGUUGACAUGGGCAUCAGCGAUAUAAGGCAACGAUAUCAUGGAUUGAUGAGCGGAGAUCAGAAGGAACUAGUGCAGUAUGCGGAAGAAGGUGCGCGAAAAGCAGAGGAAAUUGCCGAAAGCACCAUGCAGAGGGUGAGAAAAGCUAUGGGCAUGGCAUGGUAG